UCCUCAGCAUUUCAGCACCCAGUUCGGCGUUGCACAUGUGACCCGGGCACCCGGCCCCCAGCCCCCAGCUCCCGACCAUUUCUGCACAUCUACAGCUCGCGAGCUCAGCACCAGAACACGCCAGGCCAGCCCAACCUCUCCAAGAACCCAAGCAGCAGCCCCCGACCGACCGGCCAUGCCAAGGGCCAUCGGCGGUGGUGCGGCCUACAAGGGCGGAAUCAAGGGCUACUGGAAGCGCCGCGGCUACGACCGGAUCGACGCGGCCGCGGCGCAGCGCCGCCCGCGCCUCCCUACAGCGGAGCUUGGCGGCGGCGAGGCGCAUCCUCAGCCAGCGGGUGGUCGGCGCCGCCGCGGGUGGCGCGUUCGCCGGCGAGCGGGCGUCCUCGGCCGGCGCCUCCUCCGCGCGCUCUCCCCGCGGCGGCUGCUGGCGCGGCUCCGCGACGCCUACGUGAACGCCAUGCUCCGCCUCGCGUCCUCCGCCGCCGUGGCCGGCUACGGCGGCGCCGGGCCCUACUGCACCGCCGCCGACCCGUUCGCCCGGCCGCGCCCGCUCACCAGGGAGUACGACGAGAAGGCGCUCGUCGAGAUCUACAGGUCCAUCCUCGCGCGCGGCGAGGCCGGGCCAGUGGUCGCCGCCGCGCGGCUGCCCGCGGUGCUCUGAGGAGCUGAUGACGACGGGGACGGACGGGCGCUGGCACGCACGCGCGCUGGGAGCCUGGCCGGCCCUGCUGGCGCGCUCCGUCUACUCUCCUUGCCUCAUGCAAGGCUCGUGUACGCUAGAAUCUCGCUUUCAUGUAGCGCACAGAAUUUGCAUGUCGGAUGAAAAGUUUCAGGUGGUCAUUAUUCCGGUACCAAGUACUUCGAACCUGUGAAUUGUUCCCCAAGGAUUUGGAACGAAGAACACUAGUACAGAAUGAAACUCUCUGCCGACGGUUCUAC